AUGUGGACGCUGGCUGCCCUGGCGGUGCCCGGGAGGCUGCUGGGCGCCCUGUGGAGCCUCCUGGCGCCCCUGCUCCUGGGGCUCUGGGCGGCGCUGCGGCCGGCGGGGGCCCAGGGGGGCCGGGGGCUGCCGGAGGGGCGUCCGGGACCCCAGGGGGCCGGGGAGGAGGAGGAGGAGGAGGAGGAGGAGGAUCAGGACCGGCCCCUCACGCCCACCAGCGUCAACUACCACUUCACGCGCCAGUGCAACUACAAGUGCGGCUUCUGCUUCCACACGGCCAAGACCUCCUUCGUGCUGCCCCUGGAGGAGGCCCAGCGGGGGCUGCGGCUGCUCAAGGAGGCCGGCAUGGAGAAGGUGAACUUCUCGGGCGGGGAGCCGUUCCUGAAGGACCGCGGCGAGUACCUGGGCCGCCUGGUGCGGUUCUGCAAGGAGGAGCUGGGCCUGCCCAGCGUGAGCAUCGUCAGCAACGGCAGCCUCAUCCGGGAGCGCUGGUUCAAGGAGUACGGCCAGCACCUGGACAUCCUCGCCGUCUCCUGCGACAGCUUCAACGAGGAGGUGAACGCGCUCAUCGGCCGCGGCCAGGGCCGGCUCAACCACGUGGAGAACCUGCGGCGGCUGCGGCGCUGGUGCCGGCAGUACCGCGUGGCCUUCAAGGUCAACUCCGUCAUCAACCGCUUCAACGUGGACGAGGACAUGCGCGCCCACAUCCAGGAGCUGAACCCCGUGCGCUGGAAGGUGUUCCAGUGCCUCCUCAUCGAGGGGGAGAACGUGGGGGCCAGCGCCCUGCGCGAGGCCGAGCGCUUCGUCAUCAGCGAGGAGCAGUUCCAGGCCUUCCUGGACCGGCACCGCGGGCUGCCCUGCCUGGUGCCCGAGAGCAACGCCAAGAUGAAGGACUCCUACCUGAUCCUGGAUGAGUAUAUGCGCUUCCUGAACUGCCGAGCGGGCCGCAAGGACCCGUCCCCGUCCAUCCUGGACGUGGGCGUGGAGGAGGCCAUCAAGUUCAGCGGCUUCGACCAGCAGGCCUUCCUCAAGCGCGGCGGGAAGUACGUGUGGAGCAAGGCCGACCUGCAGCUGGACUGGUAG